UGAGGAGGAGGACCGAAAGGGGGUUAUAAUAUAAACCUCCCCUCGCACCGCCGCCGAUGCAGCAUCAUCAGCAUCACCGAGCAGUUUCCUCACACUCACACUCAUUACCUACCGCAGCACUCUCGCCCGCCCACCCACAGUAACCGCCAACCAUGUACUUCACCACCCUCCUCCCACUGUCCCUGCUGCUUAGCAGCGUCCUAGCCAUCCCUUCCCCCCUCACCCGCCGCACAUCCUACCCGCGCCUCGCCGCGCCCGCGGCCAAGUCGGUAUCCGAGCUUCUCCUGGGAAUCGGCAACAACGAGUCGCGGAAGUGCGAGCGUUUGCUCGAGGAGCUAGCUGCACAGGUCGGCGUGUGCAGCACGGUGGCGCAGAUCGUCUACAGCGCUUCUGUGGGGCAUGUUUACUGCGCUGCCACCGCUGAAACAACAGAUCUGCCCGCCGCGAAGCAGACGUGUGAGUUCUUUUUGGGAGUGGGCACGCCGGCUGUGGGUGUGUGUACGGCUUUGGUGGGGGAGAUGGUGCAGAAACUGGGGAGUGGGUGUGCGACUGGACAGGUUGUUCUGCAGGCGGCGGGGGAUCAUGUCGUUUGUGAGCUCGCGGAUGAGGAGGAGAUUUGUGUGUAGAGACUGCGGGUUGCGCCGUGUAUGUAUGGGGUAUGAGGUGUUCGUGUUUAAUCGGCUUAAUCGGCUUAAUCGGCU